AUGAGUCUCGCAAGAGAGAGCGCCGAGUUUGGCGAGAAGAACCAGCACGUUGAUGCUCACCCAGCACCAAUCGGCGAACAUAUGCACGGCGGGCAGUUCAGCGUCGACCCCGAUGACACGGCCAUUGUCACCGAAGACCAGAAUGCGCUCCACCGAAGUCUGAAGGGCAGGCACAUGCAGAUGAUCGCCAUUGGUGGCGCCAUUGGAGCUGGUCUCUUCAUCGGAUCUGGCGGUGCCUUCCAAACUGGUGGCCCUGCUGCAGUCCUCAUCGGCUUCUCCAUUGUCGGUGUUAUGAUCUACCUCAUGAUGCAGGCAUUGGCAGAAUUGGCGGUCAUGUACCCUGUGAACGGCGCGUUCACCAUGUACGUUUGCCGCUUCAUCGACCCAUCGUGGGGUUUCGCCGUAGGCUGGGACUACGCGAUAAAUUGGUUGACCGUUCUACCAUUUGAGAUCUCCGCUGCUUGCAACAUUAUUCACUACUGGCCAGGGUCGGAAGGCAUCAACAAUUCGGCUUGGAUCGUGCCUUUGCUUCUUGCCUUGGUCGUCAUCCAGUUCUUCGGCGUGAAGGGCUACGCUGAGGUCGAGUUCGCUCUGAGUCUGCUCAAGAUCAUCGCCUGCAUUGGUUUUAUGAUCUUCGGAAUCAUUGUCAACGUCGGUGGUGUCCCAACUGAUGACAGAGGCUACAUUGGUGGUAGAUAUUGGACGGCACCCUACCACGCAUUCCUGAACGGUUUCCACGGCUUUUGCACGGUUUUCGUCACGGCGUCCUUCGCCUACAACGGUACUGAGUUGACUGGACUGGCCGCUGCCGAGACCAUGAACCCGAGGAAGGAAAUUCCACGAGCGUCCAAGCAAGUUGUCUGGCGUAUUGGUCUGUUCUACAUUGUCAAUCUUCUCCUGAUCGGUCUUAUCGUGCCUUCUGAGAUGAAUGAUCUUUACACUGCCGAAGGAUCUAACUCGCGACACUCGCCAUUCGUCAUCGCCAUCCAGAUGGCUCGUGUCAAGGCUCUGCCGUCGAUCUUCAACGCUAUCAUCCUGAUUGCAGUCCUGAGUGUUGCGAACUCGUGCACUUUCGGCUCCACUCGCACGAUCCAGGCUCUCGCUGCCAAUGGUGCGUAUAAUCUUGCCUACGUUUGCAAAUUACUGCUGACAAUGAUUGCAGGUAUGGGUCCUCAGCUAUUCGCAUAUGUUGACAAGAAGGGCCGUCCAGUCGUUGUGAUCAUCCUGCAGCUCCUGUUUGGCUGCUUAGCUUUCAUCAAUCUGGCACCGGAUGGUGGAGUCAUUUUCAACUGGCUGCUGUCUCUGGCUGGACUCUCGGGCUUCUUCGUCUAUGGCAGUAUCGCGCUGGCUCACAUUCGAUUUCGCAGAGCCUGGAAAGCCAACGGCCACACCCUCGAGGAGCUGCCCUUCAAAGCCGUCUUCGGCAUCUGGGGCUCAUACGUCUGCCUCAUCAUCAACAUCCUCUGCAUAGUCGCUCAGUUCUACGUCGCGCUCUACCCCGUUGGACCCCCUUCUGGCUACCUCAACGCAGAAGCCUUCUUCCAAGCCUUCCUCUCGGCGCCUCUCACGCUGUUCCUGUACCUGGUCUGGAAGGUCUACAGCUGGUUCGCGAGACCCGACCAUCGCCCAUUGUACAUUAAGACGAGGGACAUUGAUAUCUACACUGGCAUGAGAGAGGGACAGAGGACUAUGAUUAGUGGUGUGGAAAUUCCGGAGGAUCAGAGACGGACUAGUAUCAAUGAGAUGCAGGAAGAGAAGAAGAAGAGGGGAAUUAAGGAUUAUGCUAUCGCUGGAAUUCGGAGUAUCAUCUAA